CCCAUUGAGGUGGUCGUGGUAAACAUCUUGCAUGAAUGGAACGUUAGUUUAGUUGAAUUCAAACAUAAUAGCACGUUUUAAAAACGAGAUAUUUCUGUGACAGCUAAUCAAAUUGAGUUGCUAUACAAGUUUUUGCCUGGAAUACAUAAUUAAUAAAUCCAAAGAUUGGUUAUUCUAAGUUCAAAAGGCAGACGUUUUAAAAUUUUAGCUAAAAAUAUACAAAAAUGCCUUUUAUUUGGGCAAAAAAGGCAAACCUCUUUGAGGACGUAUCGACUUCUAACAUGUUUUAUCCACCACCAGGUACUGCAUUGUCAAAAAAGGAAAGACUUGGUCUUAUCUGGUUGGCUUCUAAUUAUGAUCCUGAAAAAUAUAAAAAGAUUGUUCCUGCAAGAGAUUGCGAAGGAGCAAACAUAGUUCGUAUUUGUCAUGCCAUCAUGAAUCCUACAUAUCCAUAUGCAUUGAGAUUAUCAGCACAGUUAUUGCUUGGCACUGUCCGUGUUUACAGAACUAAAGCGAAGCUUCUGCUUGAACUUGCUGAGCAAAUGCUGCUGAAGCUCAGUUCCCUUAUCAAAGAAGCCAACACAAGAAAUUUCGACCUUGCUAUUCCUACAUUAAGAGCAGAAGCAAUCACACUUGCAGAAACUGGUAUGGGGAUGGUAGAUUACUCAUUAGAACCAGUGUAUUAUGAUCCACAAAUGAUUAUGCACGUGAAUGAUGGAGAUUUUAUCACAAUUGGGGGAACACCUAUGCAGUCACCUAUUAAGCUGGAAAAGCCAAGAAAAGUUGAAAUGAAAAGUCCAUUGCAAGUAAGCAACCGAAAAAUAAGUAUUCAAGAGGAUUUGCUGUCACCAAACAGACCAAUUCAGCUUCCCGGUGAAGAGGAUCUUGCCUUUGGUCCUGCUCAAGAUGACUUUCUGUCAGAUCUUAAUUUAUUAGAUGUUGUAGAGUCCAGAAUGGAUGAACCACAGCGAUUGGAUCCCGUUUUUGAAGAAGAUAAUGAAGACAUACGUUUACUGUAUGGUAGAUCACAAAAGAGAAAAGCUAAAGGUAAUCUUGAUGAAGUUUUUGCAGAUGAGCGCAUGGAGUUAAAUGAUGAUGAACCAGUGAUGAACAUUGAUGAAAUUUUAAAAGCCUCAAAAAAUUUACUAAGUGAAUUUACUGAUUAUGCUACUGCUGGCACGACCACUGAUGAAGAACGUGUGGAAGAUGUUAUUCAUGAAGCUAGUGUGAUGCAAACUGACUUGAAUGGUGCACAACACACUGCAGUUGGAUCGCCAAGAGACUGGGAAGUAAACUUAAUUACCCCAGCUGAUGCUAUUGUGCUAAAACCAAAACCGUCCCAUCCAAAAAAGAAAAGAAAACUCAAAGUGGACAAAGAAAUUAUAAUUAGUGGAAAUGAAAUGCGAAAUAAUUUGGCUGCGCCAGAAAGACUAAUUCGAGUACCGAUCAUUGCAGGAACAGCUUUAUCUAAAGGAAAGAAUUUAUUUAGUGAACCCAUUGUAUCAGACUUUCGUUGCAACAAACGUUUACGCGAAUGGUGGCAAAAUAAUGCACGCGUACCAGAUAACCCUCAACGUGACGAACACAUGUCUUUGUAUUAUGACUUACCGCACCGUAGUGAGACAACAUCAGAUGAAAACAUGUCUCUACCUCCUGCCUCGAGAAGUCCUGAGACUGCUAGAAAACAAGAUGGUACCCCUGGUAGUGUUGAUAUACCAAGAGCAGGGGAAGCGAGCGUUCAAUCUCUGGAACAAUCUGGUGCUACGUUAUUCUCUGUUAAUCAAACUCCCGUUGAAGAUGCUGAUAAAACAAUAACAUUCGAUGAUCUGCAUCAUUUGGACAUUGGAACCAAUCAAAGUCCUCGUGUAUCUGGCAUUGGAGUUCUACCUCAAGAUGUGGAAGUUGAUUUUGAGUCUGUCCCUGAUCUUGAACCAGUGCAGGAGAUAGAUGAAACUCUAAUGUUGAACAAAGUUAUUGAAGAGAACUAUGGUCAGGAUGAAGUGUCGGAGCAUUUUAAAAUGUACAGAAGAAAGAUUAGCAGAUCGUUGGAAGAUAGCAAUGAAACAACAUUUCAUCAUUUAUUUCCUACAUCAAGAACAAAACGAAGGGAUGCUGCGCUAGCAUUUUAUACUACUCUUUAUCUUCAUAAAUCUCAGUAUUUGCGACUGGAACAAAAAAAACUUUUCGGUGAUAUCAGUAUUACUCGUGUUAGUUCACGGUGAUAGUACACAUAACCGAAGACAAACCGACGGUGCGUGAUAUUGUCGUAAAAUGUUCGGUAAACGUGUCGAAUGUUCGGUCAGUGUGAAUCGGGAGAUGUUAACUCAGAUUAUUUUUAGAAUUUGAAAUUAAAAAGUUUAGCGUCUGUUUAUUCUGUUUCGUUGAAUAAAUUAUUGCUGUUAUUCCAUUGGAUCAUACGUCUAUAGCAUUGUGCGUGAGAUAUUAUUUGAAUGACAAAUUUUUAUGCUUGUCCACGACUUUCAAAAUCCAGCUGGGAUAUUUGUGAAAUUUACUUAUAUCGCUUUAUACACUUCGUUCUUCGUUUUUACCACAUUGUUUCGUUUUAUUUUUUAAUCUGGGGAGUGCAACCACACUCCCUUGGCAGCAAAUUAUAGAAAUAGCAAAUUUGAAUGUUUUAGCGAGGUGAAAAUGGUAGGGGAGAGAUGGGGUCACAUGGCUCCUGAUUUUAUUCGCUUUUCUAGUUUGGCAUCACAGUUUGUAAACUUGGAUUGGUAUUUUAAUACAACUUCCCAAACAUUUAUACCAAGUCAUAUUUUAACCAGAGAAAAAUCAGAAAAUUAUGUACGGCUAUAUCUGUGUUUCUGGGUAUUUGAACGAAGAGGAAGAAAAAAGAUUUUUAUUAUAUAUUUUUUUUUAUAUGUCACUAACAAUGUCUUUUAUGUAUUUUUUUGAUUAGCAGUCCAGUGUCUAAGUACAUUACAUAUAUACGAUUUUAUAUUGUCAGGCAACCUUCGCCCCAUAUUACUUAUGAAAUUCGAAGUAGCAUCGCUGAAUGUGGCGGGACAGUCUGUAUAAGACUUGGUCGCUUUAAUUUUUUUUUUUUUGUUUUACUUCUCGUAUCUCCAGACUAAAUGGAGAUUUUUACUUUCAAAUUUAGAUUUCUGAUUAUGUAAAUUUCUUUAUAAUGCACACCGCUUUAAAUGUUAUAUAUAUAUUCUAUUUAAAAUGUAUCAAUAGAACUUUUAUCUUUUGCUAGCUUCUGUAUCAAAAAACAUGGAGGCUUCUAUUUUAUGUAACCUACCGUUAAAUUCUAUACUUUUGUAUACAUUUUCGGUCUUUCUUUUUCUUCCUAAAGUGCGUUUUUUACUUCGAUGACAAACAAACAUGAACAACAACGCAAUGAGUUCUGGGAAUAACUAAGCAAUCUCUAGAGUUUAUCGUUUAUCGCUUGCUGUUAAAUCCUUAAGACAUACAGCUCUAAUUUUUAUAUAUUGUUAUCAGAUAUAUUUAUUUUAGUGUGCUAUAUAUAAUAUGUUAAAAGUUUUAACGUUUGUACAUACUGUUUA